GUCGGGAGAAGGGCUGGGAAGUACCCAGUGCGCGCGCACAAACACGGGCCAGGAAAUCAUCCAAACAGGUGCCCGUGUCGUCGGCGCGGCAGUGAGGGCAAGCGCUGCAGUGGCGGCAGCUCGCAUUCCGUUAUCGCGUGCUCCCUCGCCUCUCCUCAAGGCCCGUUCACGCCGCUGCCCGGUUUCUCCGUUUCUCGAGAGUCGGCGGACACGCGAGCCAUGUAUGUCCUAUUGGCAUGCCUCCUCCUGCCAGGGCUCGCCACAACCGACUUCACGGCGACAGUGUUGCACACCAACGACGUGCACGGACGUUUCGAGCAGAUUACCGCCUCCGGCACCCGCUGCACGAAGCAGGCCGCCGAGGCGCAGCAGUGCGUUGGCGGUAUCGCACGCCAGAAGACUGUGGUGUCGCAAGCAGCGGCGUCUGGCGCUAACGUGCUGUUCCUGAACGCUGGUGAUUAUUACCAAGGAAGCAUCUGGUACUACGUCCUCGGCGCCCCGAUCGUCGCCGAAGCUGUCAACUACCUAGCUCACGAUGCAAUGGCACUGGGAAACCACGAGUUCGACCGGGGUGCCGAAGGGCUGGUUCCACUCUUAACUGAAAGCCGGGUGCCCAUCGUGGGCUGCAAUGUCGACUUCAGCGAGGAGCCAACACUUAAGCCACUGCAGCCGAAACCUUCUGUGGUAGUGGAACGAGCAGGAACCAAAAUUGGCCUCAUUGGAUACACAACGAUGAAUACCACAUACUUGUCCAGCCCUGGCAAGGUUCGCUUCACGGACGAAGCAGAGUGCAUCCAGCGGGAGGCGCAGAGGCUGCGGCGCGAUGAAGGCGUGCAGGUGAUCAUCGCCGUGGGUCACUCGGGUGUGCCACGAGACGUGGAGAUUUGUGAGCGCGUGCCCGAGGUCAGUCUAGUCGUCGGUGGCCACACCCACACAUUCCUGUACUCGGGACCUACAGAAAAUGGUCGCGUGUCGGGCGACAAACCGCAAGGUCCAUACCCGAUAGUUGUGGAUCGUGCAGCCGACUCCCGUUGCCUGGUGGUGCAGGAUUUCUACAUGGGCAAGUACAUGGGCAACAUUAGCAUCACGUGGAAUCAACGUGGCGAGGUUGUCCGCUGGAGUGGGCAGCCAGUGCUUCUGGACAGGAGCAUCCCGGAAGAUCCCGAUGGUAUUGCGCUUCUGGACCGCUACCGCGACCAGGUCGCUCAAAGCCAAGCAUCGGUAGUGGCCGAAAGCAAGGUGCUGCUCGAUGGGGACAAGAACAGGUGUCGCCUAGAGGAGUGCAACCUCGGCAAUCUUGUCAUGGACGCCUUCCUGAAGAAGAUGGCAUCGCUGCCAAGCCCGCAGGCUAGCUGGACAAGGGUGGCCGCGGUCAUCGCCAAUGCCGGGGGAAUCAGAGCCUCCAUCGAUGAACAGAGCACAGGCGGCCGGAUCACCUUCGAGGACGUGGUGAACGUGCUUCCGUUUGGCAACACCCUUGUAGAGAUGAACGUGACUGGGGCGCAGUUGAAAGGACUACUCGAGCAUGGCGUCCACCGACACGAUGUCAAGGGUGACGUGCCACCAGCGGAACUUGUCCUCGCUGCCGGGCUACGAGUUGUGUACGAUAUACAACGAGAGCCGUACGAUCGCGUCGUGGAGGCGCACAUCCUGUGCACGGAGUGUCGCGUGCCUCGCUAUGAGCCGCUGGAAGACGCACGACAAUACCGCAUCGCCGCCCUCAGCUACAUUGUGCACGGCGGUGACAACUUCGAUUUUUCUUUCGUCAAGCCCAAGGACAUGUACGACACUGGUUUCCAAGAUGCCGAAAUAGUGAUGAAAUACAUGAACUCCACGUCACCAAUCACUACAGCUCUGGACGGUAGGGUCACCUUCCUCAAGACAAACCAGGCUUCGGAUGCUUGCUUAAAUCUUGCCUCCACUUUCCUCCUCCUUCUCCUCCUAGUGGUCUUCUACCAUUUAUAGAGCGUUUCCUGGGGGUACGUCACUGCCACUGGGACAUUCAACUGGGUUCAAUUUAAUGUCAGCGUAAGAAAAACGGUUUUGUUGGGGGCAGAGUAGACAAAAAGCCUCUAGAAUGGACCGAAAGGGACAGUAGGCUUGCCAGAAGGUGUGAUGAGAUUCUGGUGGGAAUGAAAGUCCGCGAUUGAGCGACACAUUUAAGCAUCCGUUUCACAAUUCGAGUAGAGAAAUCAGACAAAAAAUGGUAUGUCACGCAACCUAGUGGCAGACCCUUGAAGUAGAAAUAUGGAGUCGUGCUCUCUAGUGUACAUAUAGCAAUGCCUGAAUGCGGACCAUGUUACAUACUGGAAAUAAAAGUAUGUAUAAUAUA